AUGUCCCACCAACCCACCGACAGACCCUCUGGAAUUAGUUUUCCCAACCGUCAUGACAAGUAUUAUAUCGAUGGCGCUGACCUUCAUGUGCUAGUCGGCCACCGCGACAAAACGUUGUUCCGCGUUCACGGAUACUUUUUCUCCCGCGAGUCCAAAGCAUUCGACAGAAAGAACAAGGGCCAGACGGACAGUGAUCCUGUCACCUUGGACGAUGUUUCCCCUGAGGAAUUUGCAAAGCUAUUAUGGGUUUUCUAUAAUCCACGGUAUUCUAUUUACGAAGCGACCAUAGGCGACUGGACAGACAUCCUAAAUCUAGCCAAUAAAUGGAGCUUCCCUGAGGUCAAGGAGCUCGCCGUGCGCGAAUUACAGAAAAAGACGGAUAUAGACCUGGUGAACAGGAUAGCUAUAUACCGAAAGUUCAACGUCCACCCUCGUCACCUCGUACCUCUCUAUGCGCAACUCUGUUCGCGUCCCAUUCCUCUCUCUGAGCAAGAAUCCCACAUCCUCGGCCUGGAAGCGACGCUACUGAUCAUGACCACAAGAGAGAAGCUUCGCGCGAAGCCGUCUGAUGGCGGCUUGAGCCCGUUGCCUCGAGGAACGGAGGAAAAUGACAUAUUCCGCGCUCUAGAGGCAAAAUUGGACAUACAAGCAGGGUCGACGAAUUUCGGUGGCCCAAGUACAACAUCUUCUCCUACCUCGGACACCAAGCCCAACAAUCCAUCCAAUCAAAAUCCUGGUCAAGGUAGCACCGGUCGUCCCAGUGGCAGUGGAAAGCCGACGGUCAAUGGCAAGCCCGGUAAAUGA